AUGCCUUCAAAAGUGGUCAACGGAGCAAACGGAACUCACGAGCCCCCGAGGCCACCACUGCCAUCUGAGCUCGAGAAAUGGCGCCAGAAGCUCCGCUCACAGUUUGAAAAUGCAACCAAUAUACUCAAGGCCAUCCGUCAGCCCUUGCCAGAUCAAACCGAUGGCGGCAGACCACUGGACCCCAAGGAGGAAGCUCACUGGGUGAAGAAGCUUGAGAGCGACCUGGGCGACUUGGGUCAUUUGGGAAUCACCGAUGUCAAGACCUUGGUUGAGAUGAGUGUCAAGAUAAAGGAAGGUGACAUGAUUGAUGACAGAAAGUACCUGAUGGAAGGACUCGUCAAGGCCGCUUCUCAGUUACCUCAAGGAUCCAUGACGGGGGAAACCAUUACUAGUAACUUUUUGACCACGCUUUGGAAUGACCUACAACACCCACCUCAAUCAAUGCUCGGUGAUGAAUGGGCGUAUCGCUCAGCUGAUGGUUCUAGAAAUAGCCUGACAAAUCCUCACCUCGGACGAGCUGGAAUGCCCUAUGCGCGAACUGUGAAGCCCGAGACCGUUCAGCCCGCAGUCCUCCCUGAGCCAGGCCAGAUUUUCGACAGCAUUUUUGCCAGAAAGGAUGAGAAUCGGGAGCCUCAUCCCAACCGAAUCUCUUCAGUGCUUUUCUAUCUUGGAUCCAUCAUCAUUCAUGAUCUGUUCAGGACCGACCAUGACGACUACCAGGUUUCCCAGACCUCAUCCUACCUAGACCUUUCUCCGCUGUACGGCGCCAAUGCAGUUGAGCAAAAGACCAUGAGAACAUACGAGAAUGGCAAAAUUCACCCUGAUUGUUUUGCGGACAAGCGAGUACUUGGUUUUCCUCCAGGAGUCUCUGUGCUAUUGAUCAUGUUCAACCGCUUCCACAACGACGUUGUAAAGAACCUGGCCGAAAUCAACGAAGGAGGGAGGUUCACUCCUCCCAUCAGGGGUGACCCCAAAUACGCGAGAUACGCAGAUGCCCAAUACCAAAAGCCAGAGAACAAGCACAAGAUACGUACCUACGAACUCGACCUGCAGAAGCGUGAUGAGGAUCUUUUCCAGACCGGGCGUUUGGUCACUUGUGGCCUCUACGUCAACUGCAUCCUCCUUGACUAUGUUCGCACGAUUCUCAACCUCAACCGCACCGACAGCAAGUGGCAGUUGAAUCCUCGCAUGGAAAUCAAAGGAACUCCACUGGCUACUGGAAAUCAAGUUUCGGCCGAGUUCAACCUCGUCUACAGGUGGCACGCUGCCAUCUCGGCCAGGGAUGAGAAGUGGACGAAUGAAAAGAUGCGAGAGCUCUUCCCCAACUGCGAUGACUUUAGCAGAAUCACUGGCUUGCAGAUGGUCAAGAAGCUUCACGAGUGGGAACAAAAGCUGAGCGCCGACCCCUUGAAGUGGCCGAUUGCUGAUGGCCUUGCUCGCAACCAAGAAACGAACAAGUUUAGCGAUGAUGACUUGGUCAAGAUUAUUACGGAAAGCAUAGAUGACCCGGCCAACUCAUUUGGCGCAAACCGCGUACCAGUCGUCAUGAGGGCCAUUGAGAUCCUCGGUAUCCAACAAGCCCGAGCUUGGAAUCUUGGCACUCUGAACGAAUUUCGAAAACACUUCCAGCUAGAACCUCACCGAGAGUUCACCGACAUCAACCCCAAUCCCGAAGUUGCAGAUCAGUUGCGACAUCUGUAUGGACAUCCUGAUCUCGUAGAGAUGUAUCCUGGCCUCAUGGCCGAGGACGCCAAGGUGCCAAAGUUGCCCGGAUCUGGACUUUGCCCGUCCUAUACCGUGUCUCGAGCCGUGCUGUCGGAUGCCGUGGCGCUUGUGCGAGGCGAUCGUUUCUACACAGUUGACUACCACCCCAAGAAGCUCACCAAUUGGGGUUAUCAGGCUGCAAGCUCUGAUCUGAACAUUGACAAUGGCUGUGUAUUCUACAAGUUGUUCACAAGGGCGUUCCCGGACCAUUUCAAGUCGGACUCGGUCUACGCACACUAUCCUCUUACUGUCCCCAAGUACAUGAAGAUUGCCCUCCAGGACCUCGGCAAAGAGGCAAACUACAGCUACGACAAGCCGCACUAUCACGCGCCCGCGAAAAUGGCAUUCUCGUAUGCUGCAGCCGAUACCAUUCUCGAGGAAGGCAAUGCUGACUUCAAGUUGAACUGGGGCAACGAAGGGCAGUUCCUCAUGAGGACGCCAGAGUCACCCAUGAAUGGGAAUUCGAGCGACUUGCUGAGGAAUGGAAACAACACAGCCGACUGGGAGGCCGAGGUUGGUAGAUUUUAUGAAAAGGCCACCACAGAUCUCCUCAAGGAAAAGUCAUACAAGAUUGCCGGCAAGAACCAGGUCGACAUUAUCCACGACGUGUGCAACCUGGUCCACGUCCGAUUCUGUGCCGAGAUGUUCAUGAUGCCGCUCAAGGGCAGAGAUAUUCCUGGUAUCUUUGACGACUAUCAGCUGUACAUGGUUCUCACAAGCUUUUAUGCCUCAAACUUCAUCGACCUGGAUCCGACGGCGGCAUUCGCACUGAGCCAAAAGUCUCACCAGGCGACACAGCUACUCGGUCAGCUCCUGGGCGCUAGGGUGACGGAAACCAAGCUCGGAGGCUACAUCACCAGCCUUACCCAGCUGAUAUGGCCAAGAGACACGACCCUGCAAAAGUAUGGCAACUCCAUGAUCCAGACGCUCCUGUCCGAGAGCAAAAUGACUGUCCAUUCCCUUGUGUGGGAUCACAUCAUGGUCGCUGCCAGCAGCAUAGUCUCUAGCCAAUGCCAGGUAUUUGGGGAGACGCUCGAGUACUUUUUGACCGGAGAGGGCAACAAGUAUCUACCCGAGCUUCGUCGCCUCUCCAAGUCCGACGCACCAGAAGAUUUCGAUACGCUGAUGCACUACAUGCUCGAAGGCUCCCGGCUGCGAGGCGAGACGAGCGUCUCCCGCUACGCCGCGCGAGACCUGACCAUUCGCGACAAGAACAGCAGUCUAGAGCUCCGAGCCGGAGGCCGGGUCACGGUCAACCUGCGCGCCGCGUCGCACGACCCGGCGAGAUUUUCCAACCCCCAGGAGCUCGACCUCAAGCGCGACGUGGAGGCGUACAUUCACCUGGGCUGGGAGACGGACCAGUGUCUGGGCUUACCCAUGGUCCGCACCUCGCUCACGUCCAUGCUGAAAGCCAUUUGCCGUCUCGACGGACUCGAGGCCAUCCGCGGCCCGCAGGGCGUGCUGCAAAAGCGUGUUCGGCCGUUUGCUCCGGGCAUUAAACCGCCCGGCAACGACAAGGUCUGGAGGGACGAGGACAUUUAUUAUCAUCAGUACAUGAACGAGAUGCUCGACUCGUAUCUACCUUUUCCAGUUUCACUCAAGAUUACAUGGGUUGACGAGAAGCCAAGACCGAUCGCGACAAACAGAAACGGAGGUGGACAUGGGAACGGGCAUGCAAACGGGCAUGCAAAUGGGUAUGGGAAUGGACGUGCUAAUUAG